AUGUCGUCUACCGAAGAACCCGUGAAUGUUGCUGUUGAUGAGGAUGUCGAAAUCGCACCCCCGGCUACUCCAGUGGACUCGUCAAUGCUUUCGGGCGGCGAAGAUGCCAGCAAGUCUAGCCCCGAGGCAUCCAAGGAAAACGCCCCAGCAUCUCCGGUUAAAACUUCCCCUAGCACGACCUCCGCAUCCAAGCGUCCAGUGUCAAGCUCCACGGCCGCGAAACGGCCCACUUCCUCUUCGACGGCCACGUCAAGGACCGCGACCUCGACCACGCGGGCCCCGACUUCCUCUACGAGCUCACUGAGCAAGCCCCCGACUCGGCCGACUACAACCUCCGCCACUCGGAAGCCUUUGAGUUCGUCGACGGCUUCAUCUCAUCGAUCCCGACCUUCCGUCAGCAGCUCUGCGGACGAGAAGCCUCGGUCAAUUGCGAGCUCUGGUGAUGAGAAGCGUGGUAUUUCGAGCACUGCCAAGCGCAUGUCUAUGGCCGGCACAGCUUCCUCUCGGGCCCCAUUGAAAACUUCCUCAACUCUGGACCGCAGAUCGAGUGUCGCUGGCUCAAGUCUGGAGAAGAAGCCUGCUACUAGCACCACCGCUUCUCGUACCGCUACUUCUACCAGCAAGCCCGUGGGUCGACUCACUGCUGCAACUGCACCUGCCAGCCGAACAGCCACAUCUACUACUGCGACGCGGCCUCUGACUCGCCCCUCAACUGCAUCUACUACUGCUCGGCCAACUACGUCUUCUUCGUCGACAGACCCUGCUAGGAAGCGAUUGAGCACUCUGUCCAGCGCGACCAGAAGUGCCGGUGAUUCGGAGAAGUUGCAGACUCUCCAGUCCAAGCUUACGGAGAGUGAGGAGACCGUUGCCAGCCUCAAGGUCGAGCUUGAGUCCGUGAACGAGAAGCUGAGCCAGCUGUCUGUCUCUGGAGAGGAUGUCGCCAAGGAUGGCGAGGCCGCCGAGUCUGUCCGUGCAGAGCACGCGGCAGAGCUUGAGAAACUGGCUUCUGCCCAUGCGGAGGAACUUCAGUCCCUACAGGCGCGUCUUGAGGAGGCCGAAUUCCAGCGUAAAGAGCUUGAAGAAAAGUCUCAGAAGGAGUUGGAGGAGGCCAAGCAGUCUGCCUCUGCUUCUGGCGACAACGUGACCGCUGUCGCUCUUGAGGACCUCAAGGAGACCCACAAGGCUCAGUUGGAUGCCAUAGAGAAGGAGCUCGCGGAUCACAAGGCUGCCGCUACUGCAUUUACAGAGCAGAUCAACACUCUGAAGUCGGAACUCGAGUCGCAAAAGGCUAGUCAUGAGGAGAACAAGGCUUUAGCUGUCGAUAGCCUUACGCGCGAGCUAAACGGCCGUGAUCGAGUCAUCGAUAACUUGAAUAACGAAGCCAAGAAGCUCGUCACCGCUAAGGAUCAAGAGAUCAAUGCCGCCAAAGAGGCUUCCAACACCUCUAUCUCCGAAUUGCAGGAGCAGAUUACUUCGCUGGAAGCCAAGCUUGCCGAGGCCGCGUCUGCUACCCAGCAGUCCGAGGAUAUCACAAGUUUGCUCGCUGAGAAGGAAACUGAGAUUAGUGACCUCAAGCAGGCCCUUGGGAAGCUCCAGGGUGAUCUCCAAGAGGCCCAGGAUGGCGCUACCAGUGACCUUAGCUCCAAGUUGAAAGAGCUGGAGACUUCCCACGAAGCCGCGGUUGCGAACCUCAAGGCAGAGCAUGACAGCACGUUGGGCUCUCUCUCUACAUCCCACGCCGAGGAACUUGCUCUCGCGAAGGCUGCUGCCGAGUCUACUGGCACCGAGCAUUCCCAGCAGCUUCAGGAGCUUCGCAACUCAUUGGAGGCUGCCAAGUCUGCCGCCCAGUGUGACCACGAGAGUAUUAUUGCAGACUUGACCGCUGCGCAUGAGGCAGAGCUCAAGACUCUCCAGACGAAGUUCGAGGAAGCUGAGAAGGCUCAUGUUGACUACCGCACCGCUCUUGAGGAGGGCAAGGCGUCUGCUCAGGAGGAUGCGAUUAGAGAAAUUGAUGCUCUUCGCCACAAGGUUGAAUUGCUGGAGACACAGCUGGCCACUGGAUCUGGCGAAAUCAAGGCUCUACAGCAGGAAGUUCAGGCCAAGCAGUCCGAGGCUGAGCAGCUGCACACCAGCUUGGAGAAUGUUGAGAGUCAUUUCCAGAAGAAGGACGCCCAGUACGACAGCAAGUUGAAGGAGCAGGAUAGCAAGAUGAAGGCUUUGGAAGACAAGGCUGCCGAGGCUAUUCGACUUCUGGAUGAGCAGACCGCUCAGGCCAACUCUGUUGCUGAGAAGCACGCCGAGGAACUAGAGGCCUUGAAGGUCAGGCACACUGCUGAACUUGAGCGCGCCAAGCAGGAGGCUUCUGGCUCUCAGGAUGGUGCUUUGGAUGAGCUUCGGCAGAAGCACGACGAUCUUGUUUCAAAGAACAGGGAACUCGAGUCUGCCCACGCCACUCAUGCCCCUCGUGUUGAGGCGCUUGAGACUGAGCUGAAGUCGACUAUGGAGCGCCAUGCUGAGGAAAUUGCCGCUCACACCGAAUCUCGUGAGAAGCAGACCUCUGAGUUCCAGAAGCAGUUCGCUGAGACCCAGGCCCAACUGCAAGCCGAGCUUGAGACUCUUCGGGCUUCAAGCAAGGUUGACCAAGAAUCUCACACCAGGCAGGUUUCCGAGCUCCAGCAGAGCUUCGAGGAGACCAAGACCAAGCUACAGACUGAGCUUCAGGCUGUCCAGAUCUCCAAAGCGGCUGACGCUGAUGCCGAGCAUGGCAAGGCUAUCGAGGAGCUCCUGACUCUCCAGGAAACCAAGGUGGCUGGUGUGAAGGAGCAGCUUGAGGCAUCACAUAAUGCUAAGAUUGAUGAGAUUCAGAAAGCUCACAAUGCUGCUCUGGCUAGCGUCAGCGAACAGCUUGCUCAGGCUACGGCUGUUGCUCAAGACACAUCUGUUCUCGAUGGCUUGAAGGCGACUAUUGCAGAGCUCGAGCAGAAACUGAUCGCUUCGGAGAAGACCCACGCUACGGCUCAAGAAACCGCUGUGUCUGCUUCGCGGGAGCUCCAGGAGAGGCACGCUGCCGAGAUUUCCAGGAUCCAGGUUGCCCACGCCGAGCUCGGCAAGAAGCAUGACGCAGCUAUCACUCAGGUCGAAGACCUGCAGAAAUCUGACGCCGCUUCGAGCAGUAACAAAUUGGAGUUGGACUCUGCUCUGAAGCAGCUUUCUCAGUACCGUGAGGAGUAUGCGACCCUGAAGACGAAGCACACCAACUCCAGCGAAGAGCUGGAAGAGUACCGAGCCACCGCCAAGAUCAUGGAAGAGAAGCUUGCCGCUGGCGAGCGUAACCUUGGCGAGCAGAUCGACAAGAACAUGCAGCUCCUCAACCAACUUGGCGAUGUCGAUGCUGCAAUUUCCGGCAGCCGCCGCCGCGUGCGUGAGCUUGAGGCCGAACUUGCCGCAUUGAAGACGUCCAAUAACAAGACCUCCUCGUCUGGCCUUGAUGCCAGCAAAUGGGCCUCCGCAGAGGAGGGCGAAGAGAAAGCUGAGGGAGGUCCAGCCACAGAAGGUGAGGACCUUGACCUUGGUUCAUCCAUCGAGGGAACGAUGGCAAGCAUUCAGGAACAGAUUAAGCACAUCCGCUCCUCCAACGACGAGUGGUACGGCGAGCACCAAAAACUCAUCGGCGAAUUGGCCCAACUUUCCCGCCGCGCUACCCCUGACACCCGAAGCCUCACAUCUACUCCUCGCCCUGAGCUCGCAUCCGCCCCCGAAUCGGACAGCAGUCGCGGUCAGCAAGAGGUUCCCUCUGCACGGUAG